GAGGGUCACAUCAUUGCAAACAGUGAGGACACAGACGGGCUAAGCGUGAGUCACUGUUCAUCUAUCACCUGGGCUCGUGAAUUUGUCAACUGAUCAUGAAUCGACUUCCCUCCUCCUUCUUCUUCCGAUGAGCAGAACCAUGUCAUCUCCGCCAAAGAACACUGUUGAACCUCCCAAGUCGCCAUCGACUUUGAUGCACACGCCUGCUCAGUCAUCCUCGACUUUAGGUGGAGGAGAUGCUGCGGCGAUGACCAAUUCGACCAUUCCUACGACCUCUUCUUCUUCAUCAUCUCAACAAAAACCACCACCACCAUCUCGCGCUUCACGUCCAUCCGGCGUCAAGAUGCCAACCCCACCAGGAUACCAACGCACAGUUUCUUCUGGAGGACCGCGUUCACCUUCUUUAGGAUUCGGUCAGAAGCCAAGGACGCCGACCAGUAUGGAACCUUCUGUCAGUGGUCCAUUAAGUCCAGGCUCUUCGAAUCUGGGUCAAAAUGCUUUCAUAUUCCCCAUCCGAUCCGUCUUCCAAGGCAUCAAUCCGUCCGAUGCCGUCGAUGAGUUUGGAAAGCCAUUGACUGGCGACAAGGGGACACCACCAGGAUCGUCGUUGAACAGAAAUGGAUCUCAGCGAGAAGGUGGUCAUGCCAGAUCUCCAUCUCGUCAAGGUCCGAUCGAUCGCAAGUUUUCACAAGAUUCCUCGGCCUCUGGGUUCGGAUUGAUAGAUGAGGAUGCUGGCAUUCAGACCAUUGCGCAAAUGUUACAACAGAGUGCAAGUGCCACCUCGUCCACCAAAGACCCCUCUGCGCCUCGUGGUCCACCUGCCGUGGCCACUUUCAGUGGAAAGGUCGACAGGAGUGGUGACAAGCCAAAAUCGGCCGGUGGAUCCUCGAAGCAAGAGCAAGUCCAUGGAUUUUUCAGCGUCCCUGCCAAUGUCACAGAUACCGCUGAAAGCCCAUUCUUUGCUGAAAUUCGACGGGCGAGUGACGGCGAUGAUCGGGUCUCGACUGGCAGUGGCGGCCAAAAUUUGCCGCAGCCAUCGUCGCGCAACGAGGCCUCGACAUCAAAGUCUCGAAACACUUCGACGUCUGCCAUUGGGAGCGGCCUUCCCGACGAGAGCAAGUCACCCGUCGGUCAACCAGCUGUUCCACCUACCACGGCCAACUAUCACGAUAGACCAGGUCAAGUGCUCGGUGAGAAGCAAUCGUUCUCACAGAUUACCCCUUCAUCGUCCAGUCAUCGUCCUCAAGCUCAGACCCAAGACACUGGCUCGACCAUCAAACCGACUCGCCCCAAUCCACCACCUGCUGAUAAGCAACCUCCAACAUCGCAGCCCGAGAUUCAGUCCCCUCUUCCCGUCCGUCCGCCUGGUGUGGGUUCAUCCACUACUGGCAGCUCGGCCACCUCGAAGAACCGAGGAUCGUCCACCGCUCUCGAACUUGACGAAGACGGCGUACAGGCUCUCGUUGGUGAUUUCAGCGGGAUCAUUCGUCUCACCGAAGCUGGAUCUCUGGCAUCGACUGGUACCGGUACAGGUACUGGUACGGGCACAGGCACUGGUACCGGGACAGGUGGAGCAGGCACCGGCGAAGGAUCAGGCAUUGAGUCUGGCAACGCCAGACGCAAACAUCGCAGACGUGACCGUCGAUCUUCACCUGGAGCCGGAAGUGGACCCACUGGAGCCAAAUUGGCUCAACAACAGCGAUCAGCCAAAGUUUCAAGUACCCGAGCCACUGUACAAAACUUUGUCAAUGAACAAGCACAUACUGUCAAUCUAUCCGAUCCCAACGCCCCCACACCUUCUCCGACACCACACACAAUCGAGGAAGAACCGUCUUCCGACGCGGCCGCGGGGCCAGCUGAAGCUCGCGGCGAAGGAUGGAGUGAGCGCAGUGAGAGCAGUCUCAGCGUCCGCGACAGUAGUGAGAUGGCUACCGCUUCAACGGGAGACGAAAAGACCGAAACCGAAGAAGAAGUAGAAGAACCUAUCGUCACAUUCCGAUUCGAGCAUGUCGCGACGGAUGACGGUCACCACGUUGUUGUUGGACGUGAAGGAAAGUUGCAGCGCUGUGAGGAUGAACCGAUCACAACACCUGGUGCCGUUCAAGGAUUCGGAGUCUUGAUUGUUCUCGAGGAGGAUGUCGAGUCGGGCCGCUUACAGGUUCGACAAGUCUCUGAGAACUGUACCGAGCUGUUGGGUCUCUCCCCUCGAUACCUCUUCCGCCUCGAUUGCUUUUCCCGCAUAUUGACAAAUGAUCAAGAGGACAUUCUCCGCGAUAACAUUGAGUAUCUGCCAGAUCCAGAGGGUGGGAAAGGUUCAGUCGAAGAGGAAGGCCCUCAAGUCUUCCUCCUAUCCGGAUUCGGUGAACCAGGCAGUGACGACAGUGACGAGGAUGAAUCUGCGUCUGCAGCAGCCGGACGUCGGCGUGAAUGGACAUGUUGGGUGGCUGCUCAUCGACCGAAUCAACCUACUUGGGAUAAGACGGACGAGAACGGUGUUCCACUCGAUCCACCAGAAUUGUUUGUCCUGGAAUUCGAGCUGGAGAGGGACAGCUUCAACCCCCUCAUGCAGACAUUCGAACCCACCAAUCUAUCUGGUGGCGACACACCGGACUCGGGCAGUCAAGGUACUGUCAGCGGAGCUUCCGGCAGACCUCCAAGUAACAGCAGUGGUGUCGAUAGCAUCAGUGCCAGUGUUGGUUCGACCACGACAAUCGGUUCAGCCCCAACGCCUCGGCCCGGGCUCCCGCACAAUGGAUCAUCUGGAGAGACCCAGGUUCAAUCCCAGAUCAGGAGCUCGAUGGGCGAGACUGCAUCUUCUGGCGACACUGCGACUUUGAAUGCCUUCGCGGGCAGACCAUCUUCUGGAUCGGGUAGUACACAGCAAAUCAGCUUCUCAACUCGGCCGUCGUCCAAGUUGCCACCGAACGCUCGCCCAAUGGGUCUUGAUGGUGUUGAAAUGGAGAUCCCGCUCGAGAAGAUCAUUGAAUCCACGACAAACCACGCCCGACCAUUACGUGCUUUGGAGCGGAUGAGACGGACGGGUCUGCAUCUCGACGGCGGAUCUUCUGGUGAUGGAUCUGGCACGGGACCGUCCAGUGGACGAACACGUCGAUCACGCAGACCGCGACGUCCCCCCGGUUCAUCAACAGGUACUAUGGACGUCUUUGCGGUCCUUGGUCAGAUCAAUGAACAGCUGGGUACGGCUCCUGAUCUCGAGACUUUCCUCAAAAUUACGGUCGGAGUUGUCCAGGAUCUAUGUCGAUUCCAUCGAGUCUUGAUCUAUCAAUUUGACGAGCAAUACAAUGGUCAAGUGGUAGCUGAACUCGUGGAAUGGGGCAAGACAACGGAUCUCUUCAAGGGACUCAUGUUCCCCGCUGCGGAUAUCCCUGCUCAAGCUAGACAACUGUACAUGAUCAACAAGGUUCGACUACUGUAUGAUCGAUCUCAAACGACCGCUCGAAUGGUCUUGAGGAGUAAAGACGAUCUUGACCAUCCAUUGGACAUGACCCACUGUUAUCUCCGAGCCAUGUCGCCGAUCCAUAUCAAGUACCUGGCCAAUAUGAAUGUCCGAUCUUCCAUGUCGGUCUCCAUCAUGGCCUUUGGACAGCUUUGGGGUUUGAUUGCUUGUCACUCUUACGGACACCAUGGCAUGCGUGUCUCGUUCCCUGUACGACAGAUGAUGAGGAUCCUAUCAGAUUCCAUCUCGAGGAAUAUUGAACGAUUAUCUUACGCCCAAAGACUGCACACGAGGAAAUUGAUCUCCACAAUCCCUACACAACAUCAUCCGACGGGAUACAUUGUUUCCAAUGCUGACGAUCUGCUUCAAAUAUUCGAUGCGGAUUCUGGUCUUUUGGUCAUUGGUGAUGGUUGCAAGUUGCUCGGAAACAACGAGCAAGGUACAGCCAUGUUGGCGAUUGCCGAGUUCUUGCGUAUCAUGAAAUUCGACAAUCUCAAAGCUUCUAAUCAUAUCUCCCGAGACUUUCCCGAUCUUGUCUUGCCCCGUGCUCAGGAUACAAUCGCCGGCCUACUCUACGUCCCUCUUACUGCCAAGGCUGGUCAAGACUUUAUCGUCUUUCUGCGUAAAGGCCAGGUUCGAGAAGUCCAAUGGGCAGGCAAGCCAUACAAGGACGAAAAGACUGGUGAUGCCGCGAGUCUGGAACCGCGAAAGUCGUUCAAAAUGUGGUCCGAGACCGUCUUUGGAAGAAGUCGAGCUUGGACAGAUGACCAACUUGAAUCGGCUGGCGUUCUCGCGCUCAUCUACGGAAAGUUCAUACAAGUCUGGCGAGAGAAACAGACCGCCAUGGCGAGCAAUCAACUCACCGCGAUCCUGUUAUCCAACACCAGUCAUGCGGUCCGAACGCCCCUGUCCCAGAUCAUCAACACGCUCGAGUUGGCCUUGUCUGGAAACAUUGACGAAGAUGUUCGAGGCAUGUUGGAGAACAGUCAUCAAGCCAGUCGAGCUCUCCUGUUCCACGUUCAUGAUCUUCUCGAUCUGACGCGUAUAGAGACGGGUAAUGAGACCGCGUUUAACGAUCCUUUCAACAUUCGACAGAGCAUAGACGACGCCGUCAGGUUGUACCGGACUGAAGCGGCUCGUCGAGGCAUCGAGUUCAGAGUCACGACUGGUUCGGAUCUACCCGACCAAGUUAUUGGAGACUUCCGAAAGAUCAAGACGGUUAUUUCCAACUUGGUGGCCAACUCUGUAAAGUACACAGAACAAGGUCAUAUCGAAGUAUACUGCGGUGUGUCAAAGAAUGGCACCGAGACUGCUCAGGUGGCUCGAAGUGGAUACAUCCCGAUCGAGAUUGUGGUCUCUGACACGGGAUGUGGUAUCCCCACUGAGAAACUCGAAGCCAUGUUCAUCACUUUGGAAGGUGCCGAGGAGCUCAAGACGGAAGGCACAGGUCUCGGCUUAGGACUGGCCGUCGUUGCUCGUAUCGUCGAACAGCUGGCCGGUCAAUUACGAGCUGAAUCUGAAGUCGGUGUUGGAACUCGGUUCUUCUUCACCCUGCAAAUGCUUAUUGCUGGAGGAGCUCCUGAAUUUGCAAGUCAACGAUCUGGUGGUACCUCAUCUGGUGGAUCGGCUGCUGUAGUGCGCCCUCGAAAGGGAUCAUCUGGUGGAUCCGUCGGAUCUCGCGGAUCAUCUCACGUAUCGGAGAUCGAUUCAUUCGUUCAAGAUUUCGCCGCGUCGCAUAUGCUGGCUCCGGUUGGUGCGGACGAUUCAAGGUUACGAGAUGCCGAGGAACGAAUGACUAGGCCGGGUACCUUCCCGGUGACGGAUUCCUCUUGGCCUGUUCGACCGAGCAAGAUGGAUGCUGAUAAUACCCAAUCUAUGGGCGGGUCACAGACUUCGUCUAAAUCUCCCAAGGAGCCCCACCCUUCCUCACCCAUCGCUCGUCCCCCCAUUUCCACGAAUCGGUCUCUCUCGUACCGUUUGCCGAAUAAACCUGCUUCAUCGAGUCAAGAUCGCCAAUUCAACCAUCACCACCACCAUGGGCCUGUAAAGGAGGCAAGGGGUUCAAGGUCAGAAUCGAGAUUACGAGUCAUGGUUGUCGAGGACGACGCUAUCAACAGUCAGAUCCUGACCAAGCGAUUGAGGAUGGACAAGCACGCCGUGGUGGUUGUUACGAAUGGUCAGGAAGCCGUCGACGCGUUGAAGAAUGAUUGGGACAUUGAUGCCAUCCUGAUGGAUAUACAAAUGCCAAUCAUGGAUGGUCGAACUGCCGCUCGAGAGAUCCGUAAAUUGGAAAGCACCACUUCUCCGCCCAAGAAUAUCACACCCUUGCGUGUAGAUGGUCGUGUUCCCAUUUUCGCAGUCAGCGCGAGUCUUUAUGAAUCAGAUCGACCGACUCUGAUGGAGAACUUUGAUGGAUGGUUACUCAAGCCACUGGACUUUACCCGUGUCCGAGCACUCUUAGCAUGUCUUCAGGACCCCUCGAAACGUUCCCAAGAGGUUUACGUUACUGGUCAUUGGGAACGUGGUGGUUUCUUCAAAGAUGCGAAACGUCAAAAGUGAAAUGAAUCAAAAAUCAAAAAAGUCUGAUCAACAAUACGAAGGAUCGCAAUGCCUGUGUCUUGGAUCUCAAAGCAAGAUGAAGAAGAAAGAAAAAUCGUCUGUAAACACCCACUGUAUCGUCUACGAGUCGUCCCAUCACGAAUGCCUCCCUUCCCCCCCCCCUCCUCAUCC